AUGGGGGAGAGUAUGCUGUCACCUCCAGAAGGAACUUUUCAACACAGGGUGCUGCCACAGCAUGUGCACAUUGUCACUGACUGGAGAGGUGACCACAACACAGAGGUCACAAGACUACACCCUGGAGAGUGCAAUAUUGACCGCAUCUCCCAAGACCACAGUGGGGACUCCAGCAGCCACAGUAGUGGCUCCUGUAAAGAUAGUAUUCAGGACAGAGCGGGGAGAGAGGAGGGCCAGGACCAAGGCCGAAUCCAGUGGGAGAGGAUCAGCUGCCAAGCUCAUCAUGUGCAGAGGAGGAGAAGGAAGACCUGGACCAUCUUCACUCCAGGUCAGGUGGAGAAGGAAGACCCGGACCAGCUUCACUCCAGGUCAGGAGGAGAAGGAAGACCCGGACCAGCUUCACUCCAGGUCAGGAGGAGAAGGAAGACCCGGACCAGCUUCACUCCAGGUCAGGUGGAGGAGCUGGAGAAGGUGUUCUUGGAGACCCACUAUCCUGAUGUCCACAUCCGGGACACACUUGCCUCUCAUCUGCAGCUCACCGAGGGAAGAGUACAGAUUUGGUUCCAGAACCACAGAGCCAAAUGGAGGUAGACUGAGAUGCUAAGGGACGUGGAAAUGAUGGCCAGAGACCAGACCCCUAUAUGUACAUUCAAACCUGGGCUUCUUUAUAGUGAGGUGGGUAUAAUAUAGUUUUAAUCAAAACCAGCAAGUGUAUAAUUACAUUGCAUAGGCAUCGAAACAAACUAUUAAAUACAAUAUGUGCAGUUUUAGAAUACUUGUAUUACCUGUCAGAUACAGAUCUGCCAGAUAAGGAUACAGAUACUCAGUAUACAGUGGAGGCUGCUGAGGGGAGGACGAUUCAUAGUAAUUGUGUACAGUCGUGGCCAGAAGUUUUGAG